AUGGAGCUGCAUACUAAGAAGUCCUAUGAUAUAGCUGCUGACCAUACCACACGCUCUAUCAUUUACCUGGCAUUGGAAUUGGCCAUGGCAGAGGAUGCAGCGAUGGGAUUGGUUUUGAGCGCAGCUGCGGGCGGCAGAGGGUGGACGACAGGUUCGGGAAUGGAAGGCUCUUGUUAUUCAAAAUUCAAUAUUCGCUUAGUUCUUUCUCUUUUGCAGUGUUGUGGCUGCAAUGUCUUUCACAAGCUGGUCGAUAAUCUGAAUCCGUUUCAUGAGAUGAAAUGUUACGUGAACCCAAGUUUCAGCUAUAAAGACCCGACCAAAGGAGACAUGCGCUUCAAGUUUCUAGACAUUGACAAUGAUGAUGAUGAUGUUUUCCCUCUUGUGUGAAGAGGGACAAUUAAAGGAACUUGGUCUGUACAUUCUAAGUUCAUUUUAUCUCUAUGGUUUACUAAACUUAUUGUGAUGUUGGGUUGAUUUUUGCAAACUUUAUUUAAUCAUUUGAUUGUAUAUAUUUGCAUGAUAUAUGGCUUUUAUUGUUAUUCAUGAAAAUAGUCAGAAUACUGAUUUGGGUCAGAUUCACCUUAAAAGAAAUUGCA